CCAAGACCACAAGGAAAGAGGAAGAAGCUCUCAACCAAGCCUCCAUAGCUCGAAAAUCCGAGCUCAACAAUAAAGGUCCAAGGAGGAGGCUUAAAGAAGGAAAAGGUUAGGGAAAGUGUAAAGGAUUAAGGAGCUUAACUAAGGUGUUUCUAGAGUUUGCCUGAGUUCUCCGGAGUUUCGCCGGAGUUCAACCGAAGAGCGUAGAACACGCUAUAACUCAUUUAAGGUUGAAGUUAAGGCUCGUCAUCUACACCUUUGCACGAGUGAAGAGAAUCCAAGGAAGACGUGAAAUGGAGGGUAGGCGAAUGGCAACGAGGAACAAUCCGAGGGGGCAGGCACCGGUAACAUCCAUGAGGGGUAGCCGGGCUGCAUCUCGGGGGAAAAGAGGAGGCCGAGUAGGUCGUGGUGGCCACCGGGCCCAAACAGUGAGCGACGGCCACAUAAGCUCGGUGUUUGAAACUAACACUGAGGACUAUGACUCGACUUUUGUUCCCGGCACGGAGCAUGAGGAGACCCCGUAUGACGGGGGUGACUUCCACACUGACGAGGAAGACAACGAUGAGAGUGAUGCCCGAUUCGCUCAAAUGGGCGAAUUGCUUGAGUGGUAUCAAAAAGAGAAACUAAGGAGAGACCUUAGGCACCAAGCAAGACACGACUCUCGUGGUGGUUCGGUUCAAGGAAGCCGGGGAGCUUCAAGGGCCACUCCAGCGGCGUCACAAGGUGGGCGUGAAGGAGGGUUUUGUGUGAGAAUCUCCAAGUACCUCAAGGAGGCUAGGGCCUUGGGGUGUAAAUCCUUCGACGGCAUUGGUGACAUUACCGUUGCCGCCGAUUGCCCACAAUUGGGGGGAGGAGCUCCCGGGUCCGGAGGAGGAGCUUUGACGAGUAGAAACCGUGCAGGGCCGUCAAACGGAGGCACGGGAAGAGGCGGUGCAUCAAUGAGCCAUGCCGCGUCCGUUAACCAAGGCGGGGCCCAAGCAAGGGUCUACGCGAUGGCAGAGGCCGAUGCUCGGGCCAACCCCGACUCCGUUGCAGGUUUAUCCGGCCAAUUUCCUCCAACAAUCUCAAGAAAGUAUUUGGCGUCAGAUAUUCCUGCACACAUGAUCUUACAAGUUGUCACCGUCGCACUCAUCGCGGCUAUGUUAUCUUUGCACGUGUGUUGUGAUUUAGACUGGUAUUUGGAUAUAUUUCUACGUAUAAUGCGUACUCUUUUUUUUCCUACUUACAAUAAACCAUACUUUAACACCACUUUUUAAGAAAAAUGUUAUUCAUUUAUUUAGUGAUAAAAAGACAACUAUGGAAAACAACAACCCACUAAAAUCAAGUUUAAACUUGGUUUGUAGUAAUGAUAAUUUUAUUGCGGUUGUUUCUCAAAGUUGUAAAAAUAAUGAUGUGAAUGAGUGGGCGGUAGACUCCGGGGCUACCAAGCAUAUUUGUAAAAACAAAAAUGCUAUUACCUCCUAUACUACGGAGUAUUAUAGAAGAUGGUG